AUGUCCACGGAGACCGCUGCAGGUGACUCACACCACCAUCGUCAUUUCGACCGCGAUCUAUAUGGUGCAACUGCUCCUCUUGGCGCGGGUACAACCAUCACAGAGGAUGAGAUUGAUGACGGUGUCGAUGUUACCUCACGUCAUUUCACUGUCAACUUUGGACCUCAACAUCCUGCAGCUCACGGAGUAUUGCGUUUGAUUUUGGAGUUGGAAGGAGAGGAGAUCCUCCGAUGCGAUCCUCAUGUUGGAUUGUUGCAUCGUGGUACUGAAAAGUUGAUCGAGUACAAGACAUAUCUUCAAGCCCUUCCUUACUUUGAUCGUCUCGAUUACUGUUCCAUGAUGGUCAAUGAGCAGGCAUACUCUUUAGCCGUCGAGAAGCUUCUUAAUAUUGAAGUACCAAUUCGUGCCAAAUAUAUCCGUACUAUGUUUGCAGAGAUCACCCGUAUUAUGAACCACUGCAUGUCAGUCAUGUCUCACAUCAUGGACGUCGGAGCUCUGACCCCUUUCUUGUGGAUGUUUGAGGAACGUGAGAAGCUGAUCGAAUUUUACGAGCGUGUUUCAGGUGCUCGUAUGCAUGCUGCCUAUAUUCGCCCCGGUGGUGUCUCUCUUGAUAUCCCCAAGGGAUUGCUCGAAGAUAUUCAUGUCUGGGCUGACCAAUUUGGAGACCGUAUGAAUGAGGCUGAGGAAUUGAUCACUGGAAACCGUAUCUGGCAGGGACGUACAGUCGAUGUGGGCCGUGUUACUGCGAAGGAGGCUCUUGAUUGGGGGUUCUCCGGUGUGAUGUUGCGUGGAUCAGGUGUCAACUGGGAUCUGCGUAAGGUUCAACCCUAUGAUGCUUACGACCUUGUUGAUUUUGAUGUUCCUGUCGGCUCCAAGGGCGAUUGCUUUGAUCGUUAUCUAUGCCGUAUGGAGGAGAUGCGUCAAUCUCUCCGCAUCAUUCACCAGUGCAUCAAUGACAUGCCUCCUGGCCCCGUCCGUGUUGAUGAUCUCAAGAUCUCGCCCCCUCGCCGUGCUCACAUGAAGGAGAACAUGGAGGCCUUGAUUCAUCAUUUCAAACUCUACUCCGAGGGCUACUCUGUUCCCCCUGGUGAAACCUACACCGUCGUCGAAGCGCCCAAGGGAGAGUUUGGUGUCCAUCUUGUUUCCGAUGGAAGUAACCGUCCUUACCGCUGCAAGAUUCGUGCCCCUGGUUUCGCCCACUUGGCUGGAUUGGACUUUAUGGCCAAGGGUCACUUCAUUCCCGAUGUCGUCACCAUGAUUGGAACCAUGGAUAUUGUGUUCGGAGAGGUCGAUCGUUAA